CACCGUGCCACACUCGCCGUGGUGUCCCGUGACUCCCGCGGCGGCGAGCGGCCGCGCCAUGUCGCUCACACUGACGGUGUCGUUGCUGAGCGGCCGCAGCGUCACCAUCUCCAGCUCUUUGGAGUCCACCGUCGAGGAGUUGCGGCUUCAAGCACAGCUGGGACUGAAAGUGGGCUUGGAACGAUUGGUCACUGAGUCCGGAGUCAUCCUUCAAGCCAUGUCGACGCUGCGCCAGACACGGCUCUCUGAGGGUGCCACAUUGACCGCGCACGUGCGACAGGCACAGCUCGUCUCCUCGGCCUUGGCCUUUGCGCUGCUCCGCUCAGACGGCACAGUGGCCACCUGGGGAAAUCCGAUCGAUGGGGGGGACAGCAGUUCCGUGCAAGAGCUGUUGAAGGAUGUUAAUCAAAUCCAAUCAUCGCUGCACGCUUUCGCAGCGAUACGCUCUGAUGGUAGUGUUGUGACCUGGGGGCGGAUUGGCGAUGGUGGCAACAGCAAAGGAGUCCAACCUUUGCUUCAGGAUGUGGUUGCCAUUCAGAGUUCUUCGCGGGCCUUUGCCGCCAUCAAGACGGACGGCACAGUCGUGACCUGGGGCGAUGACAUGUAUGGUGGUAACUGCCGGGCACAAAAAGAUCAGCUGAAAGAUGUGCAAGCGAUUCAUGCUUCCAGGUGGUCUUUUGGGGCCGCUUUUGCUGCCUUGCGCCAAGAUGGCCGGGUGGUGAGCUGGGGCCUUCCUCACGCUGGGGGCGACAGCAGCGCUUUGCGAGCACAGCUGACAAAUGUGAAGCAGAUCCAAGCCACUCACUUUGGCGGCUCAUUUGCUGCCUUAAAGCACGAUGGCACGGUGGUCACUUGGGGCAUCCCCCAUAGUGGUGGGGACUGCAGCAGUGUGCAGGAUGACUUGCGCAAUGUGCAGUCGAUCCAAGCCACUGAGAGCGCGUUCGCCGCUUUGCGUCACGAUGGUCAUGUGGUGACCUGGGGCAGCGAUCGCGAUGGCGCUGACAGUACGGAGGUGGCGGCACAGCUGGAAAACGUGAGACACAUUCAGGCGACCUCCAAGGCCUUCGCAGCCAUUCGAGCAGAUGGAUCCGUCGUAACUUGGGGAGAUCCGGAUUGCGGAGGUGAGAGCAGCUACGUCCAAGAUCAGUUGAUCAAUGUAGAACACAUCCAAGCCUCCGCCUUGGCGUUUGCCGCGAUCCGCCGGGAUGGCACGGUGGUCACCUGGGGAACUCCCCACGCUGGAGGCGAUAGCAGCCACGUCCAGGACCGGCUCCAGCACAUCACUGCGAUCCAAGCCUCGCGGCACUCGGCCCGAGGUUCCUUCGCGGCCCUCAGGUCGGACGGUGGGGUCGUGACCUGGGGAGAUCCGGGCUCCGGAGGGCAUAGCAAGAUGGUGCAACAUCAGCUCUUUGACGUGGAGCAAAUCCAAGCGGCGGAGCAUGCCUUCGCGGCGAUCCGCAGCGAUGGCCGUGUGGUCACCUGGGGCCACGGCGACUUCGCGCCGGAGGAGUCGCAUCAGGAGCUGCUGCAGGACGUGCAGCCGGUCACCGUUUGCAGCUUCGGCGCCGGUGCCAUCGGCGCCGACGGCGCCACCAUCACCUGGACCCACGGCGCUGGACCCUCCGCGGCAGACUGAGAAGUCACGUGCAGCAUAACUUUAGAGCUUGUUCCCAUGGCCAGCUGCGGUCACUGGGCCCAUAUCAGUUGGCUUAUACAAACGCCUGCGAUGUCACCAAACUCCUGUUGGGAAGUGAUCCCAUUCUGUUUGAAAUAUGCUGGUCAUACACCAGCAUGAUGGAUUGCGUCGAGCUCCCUAAACUGGUCAUGGUAGUUGAUCGGCAGACCGCGUGUCUCAAACCCAUUGUGCAUCGCUGUC